AUGGCUCGCGAUCGCCAGCAACCAGACGCGACGCCAACGCAGCGGGCCGCCAGCGAACAGCCACUCGCCUCAACUGGCCGACGGUCCGUUUUCAGAACCCCAGGGAGCCAAGCGCGCGGCCUCCCACGACCCCAAGGUCUCUCAGCAUCAGGUAGGAAAUUCGCGCCACCGACGGCCACACCACAUGCGCGCGCCGCCUUUCGCACCAUUGAUUCACGCCGGGCCGCCAUCUUCACGCCGCAUCGCGCCCGGCGCAAGAGCCUGCGCGAGGUGCGGGACUCGCCGCGGAAUUUUUUGCUCUCGCUGGGACGUGUGUUGGCGCGGGAUACCGAGGUGAUUACGACGUCCUCGUCCUCAUCACCUGGAUCCGAUGGGAGGAGAACGGGGGCAGAUGGCGGGCUUGGGAACGACUCGACGCUGGGUACCAUAAGCCUGGAGGGCGGCGACGAAGAUGACGAAGAGGAGCUUCCGAAACGUCCACGGCUCUCGCUCCCUAUUGGGGAAGAGGACGAAGAUGAGGAUAGCGACGAUCUCCAUCCGCAUCGCUCGGUGGUGUUUGAUGACGAUAAUAAUUUUACGCUUCAAUCCAUCGAGAUGCCGCGGAGGGCAUAUAGCGAGCAGCCCGGGGGGAGGUUUUCGAUGGGAAGCACCAGGAUGAGCGAUUACUUCAACACCAACGACAUGCUCCAUAGCGAAGAGAUAGGUGUGGAUUCGGGGUUCUUCCCCCCUACGGCUGUUUUGGAUGGGGAUAACUUUACUGUUGGGCUUGAGGAGCUUCCAUCUCCGGAAAGACUCGAUUCAGAUAUUGACCGUCGGGAUCUCGGGCGAGACAGCGAUUUCGGCAUCGAAAUACCAGUUGGGGAGAUUAACGAGAGCACGUUCAUGAUCGCUCCUCAAGUUGAAGACUCACCCGACCGACCAGCACUGGAAGAGGGAGAACCUAUGUUUGAAGAUUAUGCCCCGCUGAUCGACCAGCGGAGCGAUGACUUUGACGAAGACGACUUGGGAGAGAUACCGCCUUUCGAUAAUGAGCCUGUUGAAGGCCACAGUGUUACUCAACAUGGAGGGAUAGAAGACGAGACUAUGGCUACAAUGAGGACGGAGAUGCGCGGCUCAACAAAGAAGACGAUAAAGGUGUCAAAAUAUGGUAUCGAAUACCCGUCUCUGCCCCCCGCGGUGGUCAAGAGGCUGGCGCAAAACUUUGCAAAGGGCAGUGGAGCUAAGGGCAAAAUUGGGCCGGAUGCUAUGAAAGUCAUCAUGCAGGCUUCAGAUUGGUUCUUUGAACAACUGGGCGAGGAUCUCCAGGCCUACGCGAGCCAUGCUGGUCGCAAAACCAUCGAUGAGAGUGACGUGCUCACGCUUAUGAAGAGACAACGUCAGGUCAACCCGAAUACUACACCAUUCGCCCUUGCACAGCGUCAUCUCCCAAGGGAACUGUUGCAGGAACUCCGCAUGCCGCCUCCAAUUAUACCCAAAAAGCGUCGGAAGGUUAAGGGCGGAGGAGGUGACGAUGUAACCUGA